AUGGGAAAGCCUUUUUUCACAGUUUCUGUCUUGUACGUUGUUCCAGUUUAUACUCUUUGGAUAUGCAGUUCAAUGUUGCAGUUUUAUCUCGUGGCACGUCACUUUUUAAAUCGAUCAAAACAAAAACGACUACUCCUGCUUGGCAAAAUGUCUGCUUCUACUAUUUGCUGUGUUAUUUUGGGUUUUUGCAUGAAGUACUUCAUUUACCGAGCUUACAACAAAGAAAAGAAAGAAGAAAGAAAGCUGGUUAUUGCCCUUUUUUCUCCUCUUGCUGGGCUGGUACUAAAGGCCGCUUCACGAAUUUGUGUUCAGCGUCUUUGGAACAUCACGCAUCCGGGAUAUUCGUACGUACUUUUAGCACCUUUGUAUUUUGUGUCAGCGAUAAUGGUCCGUGGUUUACAAGCGGAACUUAACAGCCUCCAAUCCAUCGCAAUUCUUGGAAUAAUUCACGGUGCUGCAGAAGUCGUAGAACGAAGCACCAUAGUUGUGACUGAUCACGUUUGUCAUUCGCUUCGGACAAGAAAGGCAUCUCCAUGGGGAAGUUUUCGAACUCCUCGCCGAGAAAGACUUGUGGCCGAUGUAGCUAUCAUGAGUAUGUUGUACGAAUCAACCGCUAUAGUUGCUGUCAAUGGCUCCCUCUACAUGUACCAACUGAUCUUUCUAGAAACGACUGCUGUCACAAGCAUAAUUCAAGAGUUUGCCCUUUCCACUUCAGUCAUGCUGGUAAUAGAAUGGUUUUUCAUCAGCGUUUCUCUAGCGAUUGAGACUCGAUAUCAGAACAUGGCUGUUAUGGCUGUAUGGCGUUGUCAAUGGAAACGACAUACUUUAGUAGCAAUCUUGAAUGUAUUAUUUAUAGGCGUAUGGGUCAGAGUGAUUCCCUUAGAAGUCGUGCAGGGACACUUUGUAGGCGAGCCCUUAAAAAAGUGCAAAAUGCCUUUUUCGUGA